UUGCUUUUGUGGUCAUUUGAAGCCAAGCGCCUGAGAAACCGCCUCAAACAAGUAUUGAAACAACUGAGUGGCUUCUCUGUCAUCUCUGCAGUGAUGGCAGGAUGGAUCUGGGGGGCCUACACAGUGCUGGAAGUCCUAAUUGCUACGGCGUGCUGCCUUGGGAACACUUUGGUGGUGUGCGCGGUGUGCGUCUGUAUCAGGGACUCCCUCCGGGAGCCAACUUUCUGCUUUCUGGUGUCCUUGGCGGUGGCGGACUUCUUAGUGGGUGUGGCUGCUAUCCCCCUCGCAGUGCUGCUGGAUGGAUGGGUGAAUCUGGUCCCCGAGCUGUGCCUGCUUCUGAGCUGCAUAGUGCUGGUGCUGACGCAGGCCUCAGUGCUGUCCCUGCUGGCCAUCGCUGUGGACCGAUACCUACGGCUACAGAUGCCUCUGAGAUACAAAGCCCUGGCCACACAAAGGCGAACAUGGUUGGCUGUCUCUGUGUGCUGGAUACUUUCCUCUCUUCUUGGUUUUACCCCUCUGUUUGGGUGGCACAAUUACACAUCUUUAACAUCGAAUACAACCAAUACAUCCUCCGCUGUCUUCACCUCUCCACCGUGUACUUUCCUCUCGGUCGUCUCCCUUCCCUUCAUGGUGUACUUUAACUUUCUUGGAUGUGUCAUGGCCCCUCUGUUGGUCAUGACCUUCCUUUAUGCGAGAAUCUUCUGGAGCCUGCAGGGACGCCUUAAAGAAAGCUGUCCCCAGGCCCGGGCCUCUCUGCUCAGGGAGAAGAGGUUGGCCUGCUCCUUGGCUUUGGUCCUUAUUUUGUUUGCAUGCUGCUGGAUUCCUCUGCACCUGAUGAACUGUCUUCUGCUGUUCCAGGGUGCUCAGGCAGUGACACAGGGAAUGCUCUAUGCAGGCAGGUCACCAUAUUUUUCUUACACAAUCAUCGGUAUUCUCCUAUCACAUGCCAACUCUGCAGUCAACCCUGUGGUCUACGCCUAUCGUAUCCCAAAGAUCCAGCAGGCCUAUACUCAGAUAUGGAGGCGGCUCCUCUUGCAACUACACUGUCACCAGAAAAAUGGGGAAAGUAAAAGAUCUGUAACGGUAUGCUAAUCCAAUUGCACAUCUGCAGAUAAGGGCGAGGACAAACUAUGUCCCUGAGGUGUGCAUUCAUAUGGAUCACUAAGAGGUUUUAUCUUUUCUUACAAAAUCAGUUGGUCUCUGAAACUAAAAUCCAGGCUUUUUUUACAGAUAAGUAUCCAGACCAUCUGUCAGACUGCACACUCUUAAGGUUUGUGGUCACUGGUUAAAAAAAACUGAUGGCAGUCUGUUGUCGAAAAGCCAACUUCCUUAGUCAUAGGAGUUUUCUAAAUCUCCACUAGAUGGAGGCAUACACUGAGAAACGCUUUAGCUUCUGCUUAAUGGGAAUCAAGUGCCAGAGAUAGACUUGUGACCUGGAUAUGCUCCAACCCUUUUCAGAACUG